UUUAUAUACCUCUAUCAUAUCCCCCCCCUUAGUCUCCUCUUUUCCAAGGUGAAAAAUCCUAGCCUCUUUAAUCUCUUCUCAUAUGGACCUGUUCUAAACCCCUAAUCCUUUUAGUUGCCCUGUGCUCCUCAGGAGGCCCCUUAGCAUCUGUAAAGGUCUGUGAGGCUGUGAAGGGCCACAGGAAUGCAGAACGCUACUUGAGGCCCUUACAAAGGCCUGGGGCUGACCCUGCUGCAGUGACAGCUAGCAGGGUCCUGCUUGAUCUCCCAACCGACUUCCCUGGGGCUGGUGGAAGUCACGGCUCUGGCUGGAGCUCGGGCACUGGAGCCUAGCCAAGUCACACUGGUAUUCUUAGCACGCUCACUCGAACCUGGCUGACAUGAGUCCAUCUACCCGGCUGGGAGGCUUGCACCAGCUGCAGUGUAGACACACCCUGGCAGGCUCAGUGCUGCUGCUGAGCCUUGGGAGAGCCUGGCCCAGCUGGGAAAGAGAAUGGGUGUGGGGGGGGCAGAAUUGUGGAGGUGCCCCAGAAUCUGGGAGAAGAGAGAGGCCCAAGCCCAUCUCUCCCUGUUCUGCCUUGAUCUGUCCCUCCAGGAAGCUUGGACACAUACUGGUCUGGCACGGCCCCCAUCUGCAUGGGGGGCUGCAGAGGGAAACACAAGGAGCUGAAGAGGAGCCAGUGUGGGAAUGGCAGCUGCUGCUGGCUGGGAUACAAAUCCUUCUGUCGAGGUAUAGGAGUGCCGGGGGAGAGCAAAGGAGAGGCUGAGCUUGGUGGGAGAGGGACUGUGCAGACUCAAACAUGCCUGAAUUGAUGGGGGUGUGGAUGGGUGGGUGGCUGGCUGUGAGCGAGGAGGGCAGACAGAGACCUUCAACUACAGCAGCCACUGUCCCAAGUUCCCCUGAGGCAGGGGAUUUUCAUGUGUGGGAGGCUGUCUCCAGGAACAGCCGCUGGUGCAUUUGGUUUGACAAAUAGAAAUUUGGCUGAAAACAUGAUUUUUUUGUGUGUGUCUCUGGAACAAUCUGCAAAUUUCAGUUGAAUUCAAUGAAUAGCUUCCACGGGGAAAAAUCUAGAUUUGUUUGAAGUUGAAAUGCUUUGUUUGUUUGUUUUGUUUUUGUUUCAACGUGGCAUGUUGUUCUCAUAUUUCGCCAAUUUAAAAAAAAUUGUAAAGGGGAGGUGGAUAGAAAUGUCAAAUAGUGAAUUGAAAUGAAAAAAUUGCAUGUCAAGUUAACCCAAAACAUUUUGGUUGAUUUUAAAUGAAUUGUUUUAUUAUUUGAUGAGAUAUUUUAAAAAAAUACAAUGGUUUUGGUUCAGUUCAAACCUGUUUGUUGUAUGUGUGUAUAUAUAUUUUUGUGUUUGUAGUUUUUAUAUACAUACAACAUAUACAUACAUCUCUCUUUAUAUAUGACCCCAAAAGCCCUUCUUCUCUCCAUCAAAAGCUGUCUUUGGCCUGGAGGAUUUUGGGGGCAUCUGGGGAGCGAGAAGUAUGGGGCAUUUCCUGAGGGGCCCCUUGACAAGGAAUUACAGCAGCUGUUGGCGUCAUGAGGUGUUGACAAGGUUAAUGCAUCAGCCCCCCAGCCUGCCCCAGGACACAGAUUUGUUGCAACAUUUCAGUAUCCUCGGCCUCCUGGCAUCCAGGAGAUGGACCAAUGGAGCCUCUCUGGGAUCUGGAGCAUCUACCUACAGCCCCUGGCAUCCUAGCAUCCAUUUAGGUUGCAUGUCACAUACCCAGAGCAGUUUACCAGCAUUGGUAGCAGUCAUCCAGGCUGUGGCAGAUACCCUGGCCAUCACGGAUCCCAGGAGCGAUUUACCCUUGUCAUCCAUAAUGUAUGCUGUUGCCAUCUCUUCGGGAUCCAGCGUGCUUCCCCCCGCCCCUGGGAUCUGGUUUGUUCCCUUGGCAUCCUUCUGAGGCUGUUGAAUUAUGCCAGCAGCCCUUGGCACCCAAUGAUGCCAAGCAUGUACCUAUGACAUGCUGCUCCCCUUUUGUCUCUGGGGUGGUGGCAAUACCUUCACACUUCCAACCUGCACUGUCCCCCGGGACCUUUCUCUUCUCAGUGAACUGUGGGCGGCCAGAGGCGGACUUCAAUUCCAUGGUCUAUGGCAACGACUGGUGGGUGGGCUCUGUGGUGCGCUACGGCUGCCGGCCCGGCUUCCUGCUGGUGGGGAACCCAGCCAGAGCUUGCCAGUCUGAUGGUCACUGGACACCUAAACCUACCUGCCUCCGGAUAUGCCUCCAGGGCCGGAUUGAGAUUAAUGAGCGGGACAUCGACGGCAGCUGCUCCUCCACCUGCACGGACAAGGCUCACCUCAGGGCCUUCCUCAACCACGGCUGCAUCAAGAUCUCCAACUGCGUCACUAAGCAGUGGAGCUGGACCCGCUGGUUCGUGCGCUGUGACUUCUGCGAGUGUGAUUGCUAUGUCCCCUGCUCUUCCUCCGGGUAGAGAUCUGGGGCGGAUGGAUUCGUGGGGAGUUGUUCUGCUGUGAAGGGGAGCUCCGUCCCCGAGGGGCAACAGCCAGCCUGAUGCUCACGGCGCAAUAGGCUACCAUACUGUGCCUCUCUCCCCAUCAGGCCAGAUUCCUCCAUUCGCCUGUUCAUAUCACGCUCUUGGCAAUGUGCUCAUGGGAGUGCAUGGUUGUGUCUGUCUCCUGGGCUGGAACCAUUUGCCAGCCUGUCUUGUAGUGCAGCAUCUGCAGAGGAAAGGAUUGCCUCCCCCAUAACUUAACCCUUUGCACUCUGCUUUGUUCUGAACAAGCGCAUGGGUAUAUACAGUCAUCUCCCUACUCUGCAGCGGGUUACAGUGUGGGAGAAAGGGACCAGUGUUCCAAGAACAGGAAUGGGAGCCAAGGACUCCAGACUUGUAUUCCCUCCUCUGAGACCUUAGGCAAAGGAUGACACCGAUCUCUGCCUCAGUUUCCCAUCUGCUUAAUGGGGAUGAAUAAUAUCCCCCGCUGAGUGUAGGGGCAUGUGGGGGUUCACUGUCUGUAACAUCCUUUGAAUGAAGAGCAUCAUUAUCUCAGGACCACCGAUUGUUGCAGCCUCCCCUGGUGCCUCUGGCCAGACCAGGAGUCUGCGUGAGCAGGUUCCAUUGGCAGCAGGUGCAGUGAACCAAACCACUUGGCCAAAAGGGACUGCCCCUCCCUCCCACCUGCAUGCCUGCCCUGGCGAGUCCCAGUCCCUCUCACGGCAGAGGGGAAGAAGCGGGGAGCAGAGGCCUUCAGCUUAAAGGAGCUUUAGUCAGGGGCCAACUGUAGAAAAAGGUGAAUUGUUCUGCAAGUGCCCCCUUUAGCAGGGGGAAUGCACCACCCAUAGUGAGAGGGGAGAGGGAGCAGCUGUUCUAGGUGGGGGAGAGGGUUGGUCCUGCCCUAAUGUGGGAUUAGGGCACCUGUUUCCUCUUCUGACACAGGGCAAUGGAAGGCAGUUGAAGGGAAUCCCCUUCCUUGCCUGCUUUGCUGUGGUGUCAUGCUACUCCUUGGCACCCAGCAACCUCUGUCAAAUGCUCUCCCUCACCUAGCAAGUGGGCAGGGUCUGUGGGACACAAAAGGAUCAGCCAGUGGAGUUUUCCCUCCUGGCCACAUGUGAGGUAGGCAUGGGGAAGGUGAGGAUUAAAUGCUGUGUAUGGCAAAUGCUGCUUCUGCCCUAGGGGCUUUGUCUCUGACCACUGGCUCCAAGCCUGUGACCAUCGCGCCAAUAAAUCUGUCCA